AAGGUUCAAACCCGCUCGCAGCAGCAGCAGCAGCAGCAGCAGAAGAAGAAGCAGAAGCACAUUACCUUGUGCACGUUUGUGCCUCCCUGCUCGUCCGCUGCUCUCAGUCUUGCAGGUGUUUUGCAUAAGGGAGUUACUCACUUUCGUGUCCACAGAGAGACGCUACCUGAAGCCAUGGCUGAGCAGGUGGCCGCCAUGUGUGAGCAGCUUAUAAAAGCUGUGAAUGUGAUGAUGGACGCAGAAACUAGCCAAAUUUACCGACUGGAGGCCCUAAAGUUUUGUGAAGAGUUUAAAGAGACAAGCUCCUUCUGUGUCCCAUGUGGCUUACAAUUAGCUGACAAAGCCCAGCCAGCUGUAGUGAGACACUUUGGUUUGCAAAUCCUGGAGCAUGUCAUCAAAUUCCGAUGGAACAACAUGCAGCAACAAGAGAAAGUCCAGUUGAAGGAGUGCUCCAUGCAGCUGCUAACCAAUGGUACUCGUAGUAUCCUGGAGGAGGAGAGCCACAUCAAAGAUGCCCUGUCACGAAUCGUAGUGGAAAUGAUAAAGAGAGAGUGGCCUCAGAAUUGGCCUGACAUGCUGACAGAGAUGGAGGCUCUCACUAGCCAGGGGGAGGCACAAACAGAGCUGGUCAUGUUGAUCCUUCUGAGGCUGGCAGAGGACGUGGUCACCUUCCAGACGUUGCCCACUCAGCGACGCAGAGACAUCCAGCAAACGCUCACCCAAAAGAUGGAAAACAUCUUCAGUUUCAUGAUGGCUAUUCUGCAUAUUAAUAUCGAGGACUAUCGGAAACAUAAAGAGAUACCUGGACAUGAACUGCAGGCCAGAGCUCACUGUCGAGUCGCUGUGGCUACGCUGAAUACGCUCGCAGGCUACAUCGACUGGGUGUCCCUGGUGCACGUUACGUUCAGGAACUGCCAUCUGCUGGAGAUGUUGUGUUUGCUGCUGAGCGAACCGGAGCUGCAGCUGGAGGCAGCAGAGUGUUUGCUCAUAGGUCUGAGCCGCAAGGGCAAGCUGGACGAAAGGAAGCCGUUCAUGCUGCUGUUUGACGAUGUGGCCAUUCACUACAUCCUCUCUGCAGCACAGUCAGCAGAUGGACUAGCGAUAUGUAAGAAAUCCUCUGACUCCCGAGCCGUGGAGGUGGUGGAGCGGCGCUACACCUUCCUGAAAAGACUCUGUCAGGUCCUGUGUGCUCUGGGAGGCCAGCUCUGCUCCUUAGUGGGCUCAGAUGUCGAGGUGGAAGUACCUGCAAAUUUAAGCAAAUACAUGGAAGCCAUUUUAGCCUUCACUACACAUCCCAGUCAGUUUCUGAAGUCAACCACCCUACCAACAUGGGGAGCUUUGUUCAGACAUGAGACUCUGUCAAAGGAUGCGGUCGUUGUGGAGAUGACCACCAAAUACCUCAGAGCAUCUAUGACCAACCUGGUCAAGGCCGGGUUUCCAUCACGAGACGACAACCCAAGCUGCGAAUAUUCCCGUGUGGACUUUGACAGCGACGAGGACUUCAACUCUUUCUUUAAUUCUUUCCGAGCGCAACAGGGAGCGGUUUUGAGAAGUGCAUGUCGCAUUGUUCCUCUAGAGGCUUUUCAGAUAGCAGCAGAGUGGUUACAAUAUCAGAUCGCCAGCCCAGUCGAUGCUGGAGACGUCACAUCUAAGACUGCAGAGGGCCUGUGCUCCCUCCUGUCUCCAUCAGUGGUCCAGUGGGAUGCAAUGACUGUCUUUGCCGAUUGUGUAUUCUUACAGAUGUUGAAAAGUCUGGAAGAGGAGAAGUUGCCCAUAGAUCAGAGCAUGGAGCUGCUGCAGGCUGUGCUGAACUACGACACCAAAGAUCCGCUCAUCUUGUCCUGUGUGCUCACGAACGUCUCGGCCCUCUUCCCAUUUGCCAUACACAGACCACACUUAAUACCACAGGUUCUCUACAAGCUGUUUAACGCCAUCACAUUUGAGGUUAAUCAGGAGAACAAGGUGCCUUGGACUCGAGCUGUGAAAAACGUCAGGAGGCACGCCUCUUUUUCCAUCAUCAAAAUUUGCCGGGAUUAUCCACAGUUCGUCUUGCCUUGCUUUGACAUGUUUUACAAUCACGUGAAGAAGCUGUUUUCGAGCGAGGUGUUGUUGACUCACCUGGAGAAGUGUACGCUGAUGGAGGCUCUGGUGCUCAUCAGCAACCAGUUCAAAGACUUUGCUAAACAGAAGGCUUUCAUAGAUGAACUGAUGGCCUCAGUGGUUGCAGAUUGGACCUCAGAUGAGAUGAGGCGCGCCCUAUUGGACCCUGUCACCUUCCUGUUCUUUGUUGGAGCUGAUCAGGUGGUCACAGAGUCACAAAGUACUGACACAGAUACAGUGGGCCUUAAUAGGGGACGACUGUGUUUCUGUUUGUAUGCCAUGCUGGCUGUGGUGAAGCGGGCACGCUGGCCUGCAGAUCUGGAGGAAGCCAAGGCUGGUGGCUUUGUGGUGGGCUACUCCCCUGCUGGAGCUCCCAUCUAUAGAAACCCCUGCACCUCUCAGUUUCAUGUACUGCUGCCCAAUCUACUGACUCUCAUCAGGACUCACAACAGUCUGUUCAUACCAGAGAACAUGUCUCGCCUGAGUGAGACCUUCUCUAGAGCCCACGACAUGAUGGAUGCAGAGAAGAAUGUGGUUCUUGGUCUCUCUCAGCCUUCUCUGGAUAUUUAUGUCUCGCCUGUGUACAGAAGCAUCCUGGAGCGCAUGCAGGGAUUUUUCACCUCCUUAUAUGACAACUGCUUCCAAAUCUUGGGAAACGCAGGCUUGUCCCUGCAGCAGGAAUUCUACACCAUUGAGAGGCUGGCUGAAGGAAUAGCUGGCUCUGCUUUUGUCUCCCUCGACCACGUGCCUGACCACAGACUUCGCCCGAUGAUUCGUCUGUUGAUGAGGCAGUUGGUGCUGUCGUGUCCUCAGGAGUACUAUGACAGUCUGCUCUGCCCUCUGCUGGGCCCUCUGUUCGCCUACAUGAUGCAGAGACUCAACAUGAGGUGGCAGGUCAUCAACCAGAGGACAUCUAUUAACGGUGAGGAUGAGGAGGAGGUGGUCUGUCAGGAGAACCAGGUCACACAGGAGAUCUUGGAGGAGCAGCUAGUUCGCCUGCUAACCAGGGAGGUGCUGGAUCUGCUCAUCGUGAGCUGUAUUUCCAGAAAAGUGCCUGAACCUGCAGCAAAUAAGGAGGAAAUAGAUGAAGAAGACAUGAUGAUGGAUUCUGUGCAGACGGCGUCUCCAGCGCAGCCCACGGAGGAGCUGACUGAGCUGGGAAAAUGCCUGAUGAAACAUGAGACCAUCUACAUGUCCCUGUUGACCCUGUCCUUCAGUUUGCUGUCGUGGAAGGACACCGCAAACUGUCAUCGCAGCGCUUCCAUCGUCUGCUGGACCCUCCUGCGACCGGUCGUAGGUGGUAAUCUCCUUCCCGAAGCGGUCUUAUGGUUCUAUACCAGCGUUCUGAGAGGCCUUCAGGUUCAUGGGCAGCAUGAGAUCUGUAACUCCACUCUCUCUCAGCUGGCUAUGCUCAUCUAUGAGAACCUGCGGCCUCGCUACACAGAGCUGAGAACAGUGAUGACCCAGAUCCCGAACAUCAGUGUGAAUGCUCUGGACCAGUAUGAUAACAGACUCAUUGACCCCAAGGCCCAGAAGGUUGGAGAGAAGAAGCGACGAGACCAGUUCAAGAAGCUCAUUGCCGGAACUGUUGGGAAAGCUCUGUGCCAGCAGUUCAGGAAGGAGGUUCAUAUCCGGAAUCUUCCAUCGCUCUAUAAAAACCCAAAGCCAGACAAGGAUUUGGUACAGAGCGGUGAAGCAUUCGGCCUGGCAGCUCUCUUCUCCCCUGAGCGUGACGCCCUGUAAAAACACAUUGAGGUUCCGGUGGACUUCAUGCUAACUGAAGACGGAGUUAUGUGUAUAAACUACAGGUUCCCUCUCUGUCCUGCAGCUGGGGCAGUCUAACGAACAUAUCUGUCAACACUCCUGUUUUCAGGAGGUCACCUUUUCUCACUAGGUACCUUUAUAAAUCCUGUUGCCCACUUUUUAUCCGUUCCAUCGCACAUACCAAAAAACGAGGUACACAAACUAUGAAAAGUUGUCGAAGAUAUUUCAGAUUAGGAAGGGUCUCUUCUCUCUCUGUUAGAUUGUACUCAGUAAUCAUUAAUAUUUUCUCUGCUGCAGAGGAUUUAUUGAGCCACAAACUACCUUUUAUAGAACAAUUCUGGUUCAAUUCUUAGAAUUUCCCCUCGUGGGAUUAAUAGGGGAUAUAAAAUAAAUAAGUAAAAAAAAAAAAAUCAUUUUAUUUUGCGCCUCUUUUUAUUUUAAGGGACGGUAUUUGUCCAUAGCCCAACAUCAUGCACACUAAGCAUGCUGGAGAUUUAUGAAAUGACAAAGUCAAACCGAGAACAAAGCUUUAGUUUAAUAUUCAGUGCAAAAUCUAGCAUCUAAUGAUUUUCAAACAAGCAAAGUCAGUAUAGUAGACAGUCACAGAAACAGCCUGUUAUGCUACUAUGAAGCUAAAAUGUAUUAUGAGGCUUGUGGGGGUGGAGAGCUUUUGUACUGGAAAAAAAAAAAUAUUUCAGUGUUUAGUGUUGGCAGAUAUGUUGUGUGACCAUGCUGCUGCUGUCAAGGUUGUUAUAUCCUACAUUGAAAAGAAAAAACGAAAAAUCUAGGACAAAUCCUGCUGCACAUUUCUCUAGUUACUAUUAUUUCUUUUGACUGGACGAGCUUGAACGGAGUUUCACAUCAUGAAGGACGUGCUAACGGUACCUCAGGCGUGACGUUAAUAAUGAUGGGAUUAAGUUACUUUAUCGAAAUGUAACCUAAGGAGGAAAAAAAAGCUGAAUUUUGUUUUUGUGAAUGAUUUAUUGUACAGCUAUCUAUUUUACAGAUGUUAUACAGUCAGUUUGCAUUUUGCCAACGCUUCAUAUCAGCACAACCUACACGGCCCAAGUACUGUUUGGAAUUGUUUAUUUAAUGCAGAGUACAUAUCAAACUACAAAAUAUACAGCCAGAUUUUGUGCCAAAACACUCGGUGUAGAUUUGUGAUAGAGAUCUAUUCACUUAUAAAAAAAAUAUGAAGACUAUUUAGGGAGUGAACUCAAUGACUAAUGUGUAGCUUAAUCCAAGUCUUUCAGUUGUUUUCUAGCUGGUCAGUUGUUGAUAUUUGUUUUUUUACGUGUUGUUUUGUGUUUGUGCUGAUUUUGCCAGCCAGGGAAAAAAGAAGAACCAGCACUACAUUCCUUCAUAGUCCAAGGAAUAGUUUUUUGGGGUUUUUUUAUGUUUUUUUGGAUGUAUUUUGCUCUUAUGGAGCUGUCACAGCAGAGAGGGAUUUGUUUAUUCAACUAUUUGUUGUGUAGAUUCAGACCAAAAUAGAUGGGAGUUAUUUUGGCUUGGGGUGAGCUCCCUUUAAAUGCUUAGAUGAGUUUGCAUAUCGGAUGUUGUUUGACUGAAAACUGGUUGACAGGCUUUUCCAGGAAUAGGAACUUUUAUGAAACCUUUUUUUUUUUUUUUCUUCUUCACAUUAGUUUAUCUCCGUGUCUUUGUGAUGAUUGUACACAUGUGGCCAUUUUUAAAAAUACUCGUUCAACACUAAAAUGUAUCUGUACAAAGGAGAAAAUCAGCUUUUUAAAAGUGUAGUGUGGUUUAUAUUUUUGUUGUUUUUAAAUAAAAGAAUGAUUUCA